AUGGGUGCAGAACAAACUGAAGGAGCUGCCGAAGUGGCAGCUGUUUAUGAAGAAAUGAGAAAAGCAGAGGAGUACGCUACUAGAUUGGAACGCUUACUUGACUCGAUAGACGCAAAAGUCGAUGCGAUAUUAAGUUCACAAGAACUUGCCGAUCUAGAAAAUGCUGAACGAGAAAUUGCAGAAAUUCAAGACAAACUUGCUGAAUUGGAUGUAGUUGAGGAAGAGGAUGAAAAUGAGAAGAAAGUCUCUACCAAAGAAGACAAGACAUCAAGUCUUGAGGACGAAAAGUCGGAGUCAAAGAACUCCAAAGAACCCACAAAAGAGCCUAAGGAACCAGAAACUAAAAAAGAAUCCAAGUAA